CUACCCCUAUCGGGCGCAGUCCAUCCGGGGACCAUUAUCGACCAUCCAUUUGCCUCGUUCUGUGCAAGUGUAAUUUAUGUUUUCUUGUGCAAAGGGUGAGAAUACAUAAUUAUUUUCGUUAAUCCCCUUCCAGCAUCUCAAAACACAACAUAAAUACACAAGAGAACACUAAAAAUUAAACAAAUAUCAGAGAACACGCAGACAUCGCUAUGGCCAUAUCCAAAUACUCCAUCCUGGAUUCGCCAGAGCAUUGAGACAAUAUUAAAUCUGUACCAAAUACUCCAAAUAAAUCUCACAUUACAGAUACAAACAAAUACACAGACUCUCAAUGUUUGCAUGCGAAUUGUAUCGAUGUUCGUUUUAUUUAUUAUUUCUAAAUAUUGUUUUUUUUCUAUUUUCAAUGAGUUGAGAUUCUGUAGAUCAGGAUGCUGACGCCUUUACCCAAAUCGAUAUUUGCCAAGACCAAGAAAUCAACUAUAUUUCAUGCAUGCCUUAUAACUAAUUUAUAUCCAAUAUCAUCGCAUGUUUACGAAUUUAAUUGUAAUUUAAAAUAGUUUAAGUAAAAAUGAUAUUGUAUUGAUCAUUCAUGAAUUCGAUGAACGAAAAUAAAAGUAUUUGUAAAUUGAAGACAAUAGGAAGAGAAUUGCAUUCGUCCUAGUAAGAAUCCUGCAAGAACAAUCUGGCUGCGACCUAGUUUCGUAAAAAAAAAUUGAGCUGCAUCCAGGUCGUCAAUUUACCUGGGAAUACGGGACGAUCGAUACAGCUGCACCGGCUGAAAUAAUAAUAAUAAAAUGUUGUGCAAGUGCAUCGCAGCGCACCCUAUGCAGCUCGGGUCAUACUAGAAGUACAAGAACAAUCAAUACUGUCGGCUUCCGUGUAAAGGUUGUUGUUAAUAAAUUGGUCAUUUCGGGUGGUCAUCGAAGCCAAACUAUAGAGGACACAUCGGCAUCGUAGACCCGAAGCCAGCACCUAGUGGUCCGAGCGUUGGCGACUUUCUCCAUUGAAAGGUUGGCCAACCUGCAAGAUGUAAAUGUCAUGUCAGUCAGAGUGGAAUAAUGGCAAAUAGUACAGCUUAUUGUUUAUGUGGACAACCCUACGACCCGAACAUUUUUAUGAUCCAGUGCGAUGUUUGCAGAGAUUGGUUCCACAGCAAGUGUAGCAGCUUCAAAGAAUAUACUGCAGUCGAAAUUGAUAAGUACCACUGUCCCAGGUGCUCCAAUUUCUAUGGACCCUCCAUUUUUAAGCCGUAUCUCAACAGCCACAGGCACAACUACUGGGAGGACAAUGUUGCUGAUAAGCCAGUGCAGACAGGCACUGUCACUUUCAUCAGAGAACUGCGUUCUAGACACUUCACCAGUGAUGGAGAAAUAGUCUUGCAUAUCCGCGGACCUCAGCUAACAGAUCAUUAUCUAACACAGAAGGGGUUCAAUAAUCCAAUCAUUAUCGAUGACAAAGAUGGACUUGAACUCACUGUGCCCCCAGAGGACUUCACCCUCUAUGAUAUUGAGAAUUUCGUGGGUAGCGACCAUGAAAUGGAUGUCAUUGAUGUCACCAGGCAGGCUGAUUUCCGGAUGACACUAGGAGAAUAUAUUGCAUACUUCUAUGGCAUGGAUCGAAGAAGGAUUUUCAAUGUUGUCAGUUUGGAAAUCUCCAAUACAGGGUUGGCAAAUCAGGUGGAGGCUCCCAUGAUUGCCAGGAAGUUGGACUGGGUCAAUUCUGUCUGGCCGCCCUCGUACAGUGUUGAUGCUCCCAACGUGCAGAAGUACUGCUUAAUGAGCGUCAAGAACUCGUACACCGAUUUCCAUAUCGACUUCGGUGGUACCAGCGUCUGGUAUCAUGUUCUGCGCGGCGAGAAGGUCUUCUAUUUCGUCAGACCUACCCAGCAGAACCUUGCUUUGUAUCAGCAGUGGAUGUCCUCGACAAACCAAAGCGAGACCUUUUUUGGAGACCAGGUCGACCAAUGCUUCAAGUGCACCCUACGCCAAGGACAGACCAUGCUUAUACCAACUGGUUGGAUUCACGCUGUCCUCACACCCGUCGACUCUCUUGUCUUCGGAGGCAAUUUCUUGCAUAGCUUGAAUAUUCAAAUGCAAUUGAGGAUCUACGACAUUGAGGUAAAAACAAAAACGGAAGCAAAAUUCCUUUAUCCGUUUUUCGAGACCAUCCAUUGGUUUGCGGCCAAGAGAAUGCUUUACCGCAUGACCGAAUUGAAUGCUCAAGAGGUGCGCUGUCCGAGUAACCUACUCGAUGGCCUCAAGUCUAUAUUGGCCUAUUUGAAGCACUGGAAUUCCGGAAAGGAUAUGAUCUAUUUACAGUUCGAGAAGAACUCUUUCGAGCAGAUCCCAUCGGAGAUCAACGUUGCCAAAUUCUUUAAGGAAAUCUCCAAAGAGAUCAGAUUCGCUGAGCGUUACAUAAACACAUUAAAUCCACCGAAGCCGGAAAGGGAAUCAAAACGCAAAAGGAAAAAGCCUAUUAACAAGGACUUCGUCGAUUACUCCUCCAACGCUAAGGCUCUGGAGUGCAUGGUACCAGAGAGAUUACCCCCCAAGAAGCCGCCACCUAUUAAGAUCACAUUACCCAAACCUUACACUUAUGAGAAUGUGGUAGCUGCGCCCGUCGAAGCUCCAUUAAUGACUGAGUACAAUCCUUCUUGGUCUGAGCCCAACGUGCGCCCUGAGGAAACCACGGCCAUCCACGCAGGAGGAACAAUUCUGAAAAUAAAACUCGGGACAAGAGAUAUAAUCCCAGUUGAGACUGCUGUUGUUCACGACGUAAAUUUGUCUAAAUCGGUAUACGAUUUCCAUGAUGAUAGUGAAAGAGAGGAAGACUGUUUAUUGAGCGGUGGUGUUGAUGAGAACGAGAAGAAGGUUAAAAAGUUGAAAGUUAGGCUACCAGUACGCAGGGAUAAUCCCGAAUUAUCAUCGAGUAGUGGGAUUGAUAGUUUCUUGCAGCCCCCUGCUUUGCCUAAAUACUUAGAUAGCGACGUUGAAGAUCAUGGCGUCGUGGAAGGUUCAAGUGAAGAUACCAUCGCGGAUAUCCUUGCUCUCGGAUGCAGCGAUUGGGACGAGAAGAACAAGCGUAAGAAACGUUCGCACAGUCAGUUGGAAGAAGAGGACGCUCUGAACAACGUUCAUCAGGACGAGGAUUACAUUUAUCCAGGGUUAGAUAACUCCGACGACGACGAUUUCAAUUUGUUCAAGCCAAGGAACAGAUCCAGCAUAGAUGAGCCGUGGAACCCCAAGGUGCGCGUGGGACCGCUCUUGCCAAAAAUGAACAGACCCGCAAGGGAGGGCACAAAGAAGCAGGCAGUCGAGAAGGUCCUAGAAGCAGCCGCCAAACGUGCAACUGAACUAUCAGAAAAGGCCAAAGCACCCAAGAAGCCAACAACUCCUAAGAAGAAGGCUAAGCCCAGGGCUAAACCUGCGGAUAAGGCGACGGCGGUGACGUGCACAAUCACCUCCGCCAGCUCGCCACCGCCAUCUCCGCCGCCUCCGAGAUGCCUGCUGCUGAAUGAGCCUAUGCCGCCUCCGAAGCCAUUCCCCGUUCCUCCGAAGGCGACGAAGGUUUCGACGCCGAAACCAAAGAAGGGCAUGAAGACUGUAAAACAACGAUUGGGUAAAAUACUCAAGAUACAUAAGAUGAUCCAUUAGGUGUGUCAUUCCGGGGUUUUUAACAUUUAGAUGACAGUAUUUCGAUUUGACUUGUUGUAUCUAAUGUUAAUUUAUGUCUAUCAUUAUUUAUGUGUUCAGUCGGAUCUCAUCUUUUGAAUCCCUAUAAAUGUUUAAAAA